GGGGCGCCCGCCACGCAUUAUCGCCUGGUGUACACCUGCAAGGUGUGCCAGACGCGCUCAGCCAAAUCCAUCUCUAAGGCCGCCUACCACCGGGGGGUGGUGAUCGUGACCUGUCCCGGCUGCGGGAACCACCAUGUCAUCGCCGACAACCUGGGCUGGUUCUCCGACCUGGAGGGAAAGAGGAACAUCGAGGAGAUCCUGGCAGCCAAAGGGGAGAAGGUGAGACGUGUGGCUGGUGAGGAAGCCCUGGAACUGCUGCUGGAAAGCUCGGCAGAGCCCGGGCCCCAAGGACAGCUGGCAGAGGGGGACGGCGGGGAAGCCCCCCCAGAUCCUGGCAGCAAGGGACACACCUGACACGAGGGAUUGUGGCCUCUGGGACACACCUGCCAUGUGGGAUUGUGGCCUCUGGGACACACCUGCCAUGUGGGAUUUGGGUCAUUCUGCUUGUGGCAAGAGACUCUUCACCUUCAUUCCUUGACUUCAACUGUUUGUUUUUAAAAUAAACUCGAGU